AUGUCUCUCCUCCGUCCCUCGAUCGCAGGUCGUCUGCUACGAGCAGGUGCCCCAUCGGCCCUACGACCCGUUCCAGGCUCGACACGCUUCAACACCUACACCGCAGUCGGAACGCCCCUCACAACAUCAGAUAACACCCAGUCAUCUGCACUCAGCAAGGAAGAAGUGAAGAAGUCCAUGACCAGACAUAAUCAGCCAGACUACACAGCGGAAGUCGACCAAGCUUCUUCAACCUUCUCCCCCAUCCCAAAACGGGUUAUGAACGGCAGCGAAGAAGGAGAUACUCUUCCAGCCGCUGUUCUGUCUGGAGCUCCAAUUGACCUCGAGGCUCGCACCGUCCGCAUCUACAAGGAAGCCAAGCCCGCAACCCAAUCCGGCGAUUGGCAUAGCCACCACUGGCGCAUGGACUGGGAUAUCCUGGAAAAGGGACACCGAUGGGAGAACCCUCUGAUCGGUUGGCAAUCUUCCGCCGAUUUCAUGCAAGGCACACACAUCAGUUUCAAGAGCAAGGAGGACGCGAUCAGGUUCGCGGAAAAGCAGGGAUAUGAGUAUUUCGUGCAAGAGCCAAAUGAGAGGAAAUUCGUUCCGAAGGCAUAUGCGAACAACUUCUUGUACAGCCCUACAAAGCUGAAGCACAUUAGGACGAAGUGA